UUUAGCCUUUCUAGGGUUAACUCAGCCCAAUGGCAGUUCUCAUCAGCCAAUCACCAGGUGCCUCCAGCAUCCAAUCAGCGACAAGGGAUGGUUCCCACUCAGCCAAUCGGCGUUCACGUGUAAUCAGCGAGCGGGAAGGGGCGGUGUUACUAGGCGCCCAAGGCCCUGGGCCUUUGUUCUCAUCCUGAUUUGUCCUUCAUCACAGAUUACCCCAACCCAGGGAGGUCUGAAAAUCCGGGUGGCCUCAAACUGGGGAAAGAGGCAGGAUGCUCUGGAAAGGUCUGAGUAAUGAGAAUCAUUCUUUUUUUUUUUUAAGAUUUGUUUAUUUAUUUAUUAUAUGUAAGUACACUGUAGCUGUCCUCAGACACUCCAGAAGAGGGAGUCAGAUCUCGUUAUGGAUGGUUGUGAGCCACCAUGUGGUUGCUGGGAUUUGAACUCCUGACCUUCGGAAGAACAGUCGGGUGCUCUUACCCACUGAGCCAUCUCACCAGUCCGAGAACCACUCUUCCCUUAGCCCAGGCCACCAGACUUUGGGCUCCAUAGUUUACCGCUUCCAAGUCCCGGCACAAUAUGCAGGUCUAACCAUCUUGUAAACAGGCAAAGCCUUGAGAGAGGCUCCAAGUUCUGCUCACUGGACGUUUUCAUCCUGUUUAUCUUCCACCUCGAUCCAAAAGGGACUUUUCUAUGAUGUAACUACUGCCACAUCCUAUCCUUGCGCUACAACAGUCCUUGGCUCCCGGCUAAUUUUUCUUUUCCUUCCUUCCACUUGCAGUGAUCCUCCUGCUCAGCCCCCUCCUGCUUACGUCAUAGGCUUGCAUCCCCACACCUAGCUCCCCUGUGGCCUUUGACACUUUGAAGCAACUACUGUGGCUUGACAAUGUACAGAAACCUAAAGAUAACAUUGGUUGAAGAUAAAGGAAGGUUGUGCCACUCACAGCCACUAUCUGGGUCCCCAUCUCCACCCUUUUACCUGUGUAAAGUCCAGGUGCCCUAGCUGGGAACUGAAGAAAAUGAGUUCACAAUCUGUUCUGCCUUUGCCUUUUGAAAAUAGCAUCUCGCAGGGCAGUGGUGGCCUGUGAUCCUAGCACUUGGGAGGCAGAAGCCGGUGGAUUUCUAAAUUCAACGCCAGCCUGGUCUACAGAGAGCCCAGAACUACCGGGAUUUCCGCAGGAUCCAGCCCCCGCCCAGAACUGCUAGAGAGGGAGGUGACAGCUGACUGAGUUGAGGAAACUCCCCAGGAACCUGUUUAUCCACUUCCUGGCCAGACUGAGGCUCCUACUGAAAGGACAGGGACCCAGGCUGGCCAUGGCCACAGCCCUGAGUCCACCCCGGGGUCCCAAGCUCAAAGGUGCUCCACCUUCACACUACUACGAGAGCUUCCUAGAGAAAAAGGGACCCUGUGACCAGGAUUACAGGAAGUUCUGGGCAGGCCUCCAGGGUUUAGCCAUCUGUUUCUACAAUAGCAAUCGGGACUUGCAGCCCCUGGAAAAGCUGGACCUGAGGCUGUUUUCAAAGCUCAGAGAUGAGGCUCUGCUGGGAAGCUCACGGGACACUGCCUAUCACUUCAGCCUGGUUCUCCGGGACCAGGAGGUGAAAUUCAAGGUGGAGAGCCUGGAGUCUUGUGAGAUGUGGAAAGGAUUUAUCUUGACUGUGGUAGAGCUCCGUGUCCCAUCUAACCUGACCCUGCUGCCCGGACACCUGUACAUGAUGGCCGAGGUCCUGACCAAAGAGGAGGUACGGAGGGCAGCCGAGGUGCCCUGGUGCUUUCUUCAGGUGAGCAGGCUCGAGGCGCAGCUGCUCCUGGAGCGCUACCCAGAGUGCGGGAACCUGCUUCUGCGGCCUGGCGGGGAUGGCAAGGACAGUGUGUCUGUCACCACCCGGCAGAUUCUCAAUGGGUCUCCCGUGGUCAAACACUACAAAGUGAAGCGGGCAGGUUCUAAGUAUGUGAUCGACGUGGAAGACCCGUUUUCCUGCCCCUCGCUGGAAGCUGUAGUCAACUAUUUUGUGACGCACACCAAGAGGGCGCUGGUCCCCUUCUUGUUGGAUGAGGACUAUGAGAAGGUUCUAGGCUUCGUGGACUCGGAUCGGGAGAAUGGCGAGAGUGCAUGGGCUGUGCCCUCCUUCCGAGCCUCAGGCCCUGCCCUCCCUGCUAAUGUCCUGAAGCCACUCCCACCUGUACCUGUGUCUGUGUCCAGCCAGGAAGACAAGUUGCCUCAACUACCUCCCCUGCCUCAGUUACCAGACACGGAUGAGAACUACGUGACUCCCAUUGAAGACUCCCCAGCAGCCGAAUACAUGAAUCAGGAUGAUCUCAAAGCCAUUACCAGCGUUUGGACCAGGAAGCUAGGUGGAAGCUCGUCCCAGGCUUCCUCCCUUGUGACAAGACUUGGGGAUAUCACCGCUGAGCUGGAAGAGAAACUACAGAAGAGGAGGGCACUGGAACACUGAUCCAGGCUCCCAGGGAUCAGUGGGCUAUCUCUGGGUACAAUAGUCUUCUUCCAGCUCUAUCCUCACUCAGGGGAUAGGACACAGCCAAAAUAACCUCCCUCAAGUAAAGCAGGGAGAGCCCUGAGAAUUUUGGUGCUACCCUGAGCUGUAUAGUGAGUUCCACGGUAGCCUGUGCUACAAAGUAAGAUCUUGUUUAAUAAAGCUAAAACCAAACCUAAAAUGC